AUGUUCCCUUUGGCUUGGGCUGUUUGUGAGGUUGAGAGCACUGACACAUGGAGUUGGUUUCUAGAACUUCUAGCUACUGAUUUAGGCACUAGUGAAGGAGCAGGGUACACUUUCAUGUCUGACCAACAAAAGGGUUUACUUGCUGCUGUGUCAAAUGUGUUUCCACAAGCUGAAAGUAGGGUGUGUGCAAGGCAUGUGUACUGUAACUUUAGGGGAGUGUUUGGAGGUGGUUUAGAGUACAGAAAACAAUUUUGGACUAUUGCAAAAAGCAACACAGUAAAUCACUUCAAUGAAAACAUUGAAGUAAUGAGGGGUAUUUCACAUGAAGCUGCUGAAGACCUACUGAAAAGGAACUACAAGAAAUGGUGUAGGGCAUUCUACACUCCAUUAUCCUGUUGUGACAGUGUAGACAACAACAUGAGUGAGGUGUUUAAUGCAUACAUCUUGAGUGCAAGGCACAAGCCUAUUAUUACCAUGUUGGAAGAUAUCAGAGAGGGUUUGAUGGAAAGACUGCAUAAGAAAAGAGAUUUCAUAGGGAAAAAGGAGAUAAUGUUGUGUCCUAGGAUCCAAAUUCAGUUAGAGAAACACAAAAUUUGGGCUAGGGGUUGGAAUGCAUAUUGGGAUGGUAGGUUUUGCUAUGGAGUAAGAGAAGGUGCAACACAGGUUAAGUAUGUGGUGGAUCUGAACCAACAUACUUGCAGUUGCAAUGCAUGGCAGGUGAGUGGGAUUCCAUGCAAACAUGCAAUUGUUGCUAUAUGGAAUAAAGUAUACCACCCAGAACAAUAUGUCAAUGCAUAUUUCUGCAAACAGACCUACAUGAAGGCAUAUGAAUUUUUGUUAGAGCCUUUAAAUGGUCCUCAAGAGUGGCCUACUUCUGAUAGCAUUGUUGUGGCUCCAAAGGUGAAAAAGGUCAAUGGAAGACCUAAAACAAAGAGGAGAUAUGGUGUUGGAGAGGUAACUGCAUCUGGUAAGCUGAAGAGAACAGGUUGUUCUAUGAAAUGCAGCUUAUGUGGUGUGAUAGGCCACAACAAAAGGGGUUGCAAGAAUGCCCCUAAGCAACAACAACACAGCAACAAUCAUGCUACUGCAGAGCAGACCACACCACAGCAACAACACCCAAGAACCAGUUCAGCUAUACCAAUGCACAAUAGGGGUGUGGGUAUUUAUACCUACCCAAAUGGGUAUCAAAGAAUAGCUACUGUAAGUCAUUCAAUAUACUCAAAUUCUUUCUUACAUGUUACUUUACUGUACUGA